AUCGACCGGGCGAUCGAAGAAUAUCACAAAACGCUCACCGCUUCCGCGCUGGGCACGGCGAAAUCCGCAUCGGCCUUUCUCAAGCUUCUACCUCUAGUCAGGAACGCCUCGCCCGAGGAGUUGCACAAGGUCCUAAAGACUCCGCGUAAUCAAAAGAUAAAGAUGCAGCUGCUGGACGUGUUUGGCGCCGCGUCUACAUUGCCCGCUCAUCAAACUGCCAUGAAAAUACUUCGACAGGACGAGACCGGCGACGAGACCGAGAGGUAUCUGUGGGCACUGUCCCUCUCGCCGACGCCUCACGUCGACGUUGCCAAGGAUAUCCUCAGACGUUCCGAGGAGACGAUGCAGAGUGACAAGGUGUCCGAGACCUACGCGCUCGCGGCGGGCGCGAUGGCACGGCAUUACGGAUCCGCCGAGGUAAUAGAGAAAGCCCGAGUUAGCCUAGAACUGGGCCUGGAGACCUGCACCGGAGAGGAGUGCAAGCUCAAGUUCCUGCGAGCUCUGCGAAACUUGAGAAGCGCGGCGGCGAUACCCACGUUGCUGGUGCACGCGUUAAGCGACAGCAAAGUCAUCAGCGUCGCCGCCUGGCGCGCUUUGAAGGCUCUGCCGCGCGAAGCUGUGACUGAUGAAGUGAAGAGCGCGGCCAUCAGGGUCUUCUAUCAGAUCGGAGGACCGCGAAGGGACAGCAGCGCGCGGACGAUCGCGCUGGAUAUUAUCCUCGAGAGCGAACCUUCCAAAGAGACCCUGCACGACUUCGUGAGAUAUUUGAAUAGCAACGACUCGGCCUACGAAGUCCGUAAGUACCUAAGUCAACGUUUGACGCAAAUUGCCGAGAGAGACGCGCGAUUUGCCGAAUACCUGAGGAGUAUAUACGCAAGUGGCAACGUGACGGUCAACAAUUAUCAUGUGAAAGCGCAGCGAGGCCUCAGCACUGCCUUCGACAGGAGCUUCCUGCGAUCGCCCGACAGCAACGGUUCUCUGGUUACCGUCCAAGAAGUGAAUUCCGGCCUCCUGAAGCGUGGCAUCGUGGAUGUCGUGCUGGAGAGUAACAAGGAACGGCAAGCGAUGUUCUCGCUGGGACUGUUCGCCGGCGGUCUCGGCAGCUUCGUCUCGAGCCAGGAUGAAGCGCAAGCCGAUGACGAGGUGGCCACCGCUGGAAUGGAGAUCGACUUUCUCGACGUCGGGAUACGACCGUUCGUCUUCUUCUCCGGACAGGGCGAGCUGAUGGGCCACGUCUGGUCCGGCACGGCGGACCAGAGGACCCCUGCCUUCCAAGCUCUCGCUUCUUUGUACAGUCAUAACGAAUACGUGCCAUUGGGAUCCGGUUUUGUCGCCGAGAUCGAUAUUCAGGGCGCCGUGAGCUUCGAGCUGGCCGGUGAAAUCCAGCUGAGCCUGUGGUCGAGGAACGCGCGCUCUCUCGUUGAGAUGGAUGCCGGCGUGAUGGUCCACGGCGGCACCAGAGUGCACACGAGUUUCGUACAGAGCAAGACGGAAUUCACGAUGGCGAUGGAGCCGAAGCUCCAGCUGUCCACGAACGUGGACUUUAGCGGGCCUGUGGCGUUGUGCAUGAGAUUGAGCCAGCCGGCCACCACGGUGAGGCAUCAGGUCUACAAAAUCGAGAGAAUACCCGGUAGCCGGCAUAAGCUGAGGAAAACGCGCCGUUCGAAGAUCCACUCGUCCGGCAGAUCCUACAGACUCAAUCAAAAGAACAACGAGAUGUGCGCGAAGUUUUCGAAUUUAAGUUAACGCAUACCGAAGACUGCUCAAUGACUUUUUUGAUAAUGCAUAAUCGGUAAAGGACCACGAAACUAUUUUUAUUAUUAUUAUUAUCAUUAUUGUGAGGUGGAAUCAGAGUACGGCAGGGUCUGUGUUCAAAUCGAUGGAUAGUGAACGUUCGAUAUGACGUUCGAAGUUAACUGAAGUCUCCUAUGAAUAAUACAUUAAUUAUUCAAUUUUAUUUUAGUUACCAUAUCGGGAUUAAUAUUGUUUUAUAUUUUCGACAAUGAAAAUGAGGUUUAAAAUCUAGAAAAUUUUUUCUUUAUUCUCAUUUCAUUAAUCCCAAAAAUUAAUCGCAUUUUUAAUAAGAUUAUUUUGUACAUAACACUUCUUUUUUU